CUUAGUCUUUUGCCCGGAGGUGGAGGUGGUCGUGUUUUUGGGCAGCUCGGGCCGCGCGCGACGCGCACACGUAUUGUCACUCGUCGCGGGAACGCAUUCGAGUGGGGCCCGAGUCUCGAACGGUCCCAUAGCCCGGAUGACAUCCACCGAGAGUCUUCUUCACCCGACUGCGUGACUACGCACACCCUCUGCCACGCUGAGGUCUGCGUGCGGCCCGACGUGCGACCGCAAUCUACGUCUUCGAUCUUUCGCAGCUACUUGACAGCCAAUUCAUCGCCGAGGCCGAGCACGUGCAGCCGAGGGAAAGAUGAUUACCAGGCAUCGACGAUACGAUAUCUUGCUGCUGAUAUCGUACCUCCUCGCGCAGUUACCCGAUAAGACCCACGGUCAUGGCAGAUUAAUGGACCCGCCAGCGAGGAACUGCAUGUGGCGAUUUGGCUAUCCGAACCCGGUCAACUACAACGACAACGAGCUCUUCUGUGGGGGAUACGCAGUGCAUUGGCAGCAAAACAAAGGCAAGUGCGGCGUUUGCGGCGACGCUUAUCAUCUGACACCUCCUCGUCCUCACGAAGCCGGCGGCGAGUUCGCCAAUGGAAUUAUAGUUAGGCACUAUACGGUGGGCCAGGAUAUCGACGUGGAGAUCGAGCUUACCGCCAAUCACUUCGGGAAAUUCGAGAUGUACCUUUGUCCCAAUAACGAUCCGUCGCGCGAGGCAACUCAGGACUGCUUCGACUCUUAUCCUUUGUACGUAUCUGGAACGGAGGACGUUCGUUUCGAGAUUCCGCGCGAUACGCCGAAGAAGGGAAUCAUACGAUACUCGGUAACUCUACCGCCGUACGUCACCUGCUCACACUGCGUGGUGCAGUGGAGUUAUUACACGGGAAACAUGUGGGGCACAUGCGAGAACGGCACGGAAGCCGUUGGAUGCGGAAGAGCGGAGACCUUCCGCAAUUGCGCCGAUGUGAGGAUCGUUACCAGCACCGGCGGCAUACCACCACGCUUCUUAAUUCAUAACACUAUCUUCGAGCUGUACUCUAUCAUCCCGAAAUUCUCCAGCACCUCGUUGACCCAGCCAUUGAGGGCCCAAGUGUGCGAGCCUACCGUAGCUUACCGACACAGGCAGAACAUGAGCGACUGGUGUCAAGUGAAUUGCAUUCGUGUCCCGUCCAAUUGCCCCCCGAGUAUAUGUCACUGCCCAGAGACGUGCGACGCUGUCGGCGACAUCGCUGAUCGACCGGGUGCGGAUCAGUACUGCCUGAGACGCUGCAUGCGUUAUCCGUCCGAUUGCCCGACUGAUCGUUGCAACUGUUAUUGAAUAAUUCCUUGCGAACCUUGGGACAUCGACUUUCCACAUGUAGCGCCUGAAUGUGGAAUGUGUGCUUGUACCCCUAAAUAGACCAAUAAAUAUCUGACUGUAGAUAUAAUUCUGCGGCGGUUGCGCGCGAGUGUUUCCGAGGGAAAACUUCGGUAUCUCCUGUAAAUUACCGUGCAUGAGAACAUUCA